AUCGCCCCAGGAGCAGGCCCUGGUGCCGGAGAAUCGGCAGCUCCCAGACCAGCCCCAGUAGGAAACCUCUGGUGUAUUUCUGCAGGGGGGCUCCUGCCUCAGUUUCCCCAGCACGGCUGCCUCGCCGCACAGGGGAGCCCGGAUUUCUGAGAGCUGCGACAGAUGGGCCAAUAGCGUUAGCUCUCAGCCUGAAGAAGCCAGCUGGUGCCCAGAUGGGGAAACUGAGGCACAGAGGUGGACAUGCUGCAUCCGAGGUGCACAGAGGGUGUGUGGCAGAACAAGGAUUCGAACCCAGGACUCCUGAGUCCCAGCCAUUAAUCACUAGGCACCGUUUCCUGCCGCCCGGGACAGCCACGAAGACUUUCCUCAUCCAUUGGCUGCACUUUCCCAUUCUGUUCAUAGGAAAAGUGCAGUCAGCACCAGACGUGGUAGCUCGUUUCGGGGGGGACGUCACCCUGAGCUGCCUCUUCCCAUCCCAGCCUGGGAUGAACCUCCAGCAUCUGACCCUCACCUGGCAGAAGGGGCGGGUGGGGGCAGAGGACCUGGUGGUUCAUAGUUAUUAUUAUGGGAGGGAGCAGCUGGAGAAACAGGACGAGGUUUAUAGGAACCGGACCCAGCUGGAUCCAGCGGGGCUGGCCUGGGGCGAUGCGUCCCUGACGCUGAGGGGCGUCCGCACCCAGGACGAGGGCGUCUACCUCUGCCACGUCACCUCGGAGCUGGGCAAGACGUCUGAACGCACGGAGCUGAGAGUGGGAGCCCCGUUCAGCGAGCCCCAGCUGACCUUCAGCCUCUCCAGCGCCGGGGUCACGCUGACCGUCCGCACGGGGGGCGGGUACCCCGCGGCCACGGUGCAGUGGCUGGACGAGGCAGGCAGGGACGUCACAGCAGAAGGUGCCACGGAGCAGCAGGUGGAUGAACAGGGGCUCUACCACGUCACCAGCUGGGUCACGGUGCCGCCUGCGACCCACAGCGCCAGGCUGACCUUCAUGUUAACCCCUCAUGUGCUGGGGGCACCAAUUACCCGGCCGCUGAGCCUGCAGCUGAGCCCAGGACUCCUGGGUCCCCCGGCCUCCUGCCUUGGGGUCCGCCUGGCUGUCAUCUGUGCCGCCUGCCUCUUCGUUGUCCUGCUGGCUGUUGCGUUUCUCUACCGUCUCCGCCAGGGCCCGGCUGGAUCCCGCUCCUGGAGGAAGGCGGAGGAGGAGGAGGAGGAGGAGCAGAAAGAGAUCUCUUGCCCAAUCCCAGCCAGCCCCACCGGCCGCGAGCAGCCAGCCGGGGCCAAGUCCUAGGGCUCGGCUGGGGCAGAGCUAGAGCCACCAUGAGCAAGAUCUAGCACCACCCAGGCUCCAUCAUCUCCCGGCAACUGAACCCCAGGGGAGCCAGGACAACCCCACUGCCCCAGCUCUACCAUCCGGCCGUGCCCCUCCGCCUGGUGCCCUUGACCUUGGCCAAGAGCUGGGGGACCCACAUCAUCCUCUAGCAGCAUCACCGCAGGGUCUCCGGCCUUCACCCUCCGCCCUAAGAAUCACGCUCCAUCCAGGGCCUUUGUUUUCCAUCCAGGGCCCCCAAUGUGACGUGCCCUCCCCCAGCCCCUGGCAACACCCCUCCUGGGGAUGGAGAGGGAGCUGCAGCCCCAGGCAUGAGAUGAGUGAAUGAGCCCAGCUGGGCUGCGGCAGAGCUGCCGGACUGGCCAGCCCGCGCGUUGGCGGAUGAGCCAGGGUUCUGCGUGUCAGCCCAGCGGCAGGUCCCUGCUGCCCAGUGCUUGUGCCCGCAGCUGUGAUCACUCCUCUGCCAGCCUUGGUCCGGCUCCCGCCCUGCUCUCGUGCCCGGCUUCUGGCCCCUGGCUCCGGUGACUCAUCACUACAGUAGCUGAGCGUCUGCCAAGUCGGUCACUACACACCACAGUCACAGUUUGUUCUCCCAGCCUCUCCCCAGAAGUGAGUGCACUGGAGGCUCUUGUUUUGGUUGGGUGUCCUUUUUGGUUACUGGAAAUAGACCUGUUGGUCUGUGUUUACGUUGGAGAAGGCAGGCCCAAGAGCCUUGGGAGCAGACAGUGGUGAGGUUUCUAAUGUGCCUUAGUCACAGUGGCAGGUAGUUCCGCAGUCUCAGACCGCGCCUGGAGAAGGUUCUGGCUCCCGCACAGAUGACUCCUCUGGCUGAGAACCGCACCAGCCAGAACAGCAGAGCUGUUGACCACAGGCUGCAGCCCCGAGCUUUACAUGGGCUGUCGGAUAGGCCUGGGCCUAGGCCAGGAAGUGCUGUGAAGAUAACGACCGGUCACUAUUCUGCGGGAAGCCAGCGUAGGGAGCAGAGCAGAGGUGGGAUGUGCUCGUGGCAGCUUGCGCAGCUGAGGGAACGCGCUGCAGCGUUUGGUACUCGUCGCAGUCCCUGUGUGCUGGAGGCCUCCCGCCCGGGCCCAUCGUGCUGCUGUCGUCUAGCCGGGAGGUGCCGAAGGCGUGAAGCACAGGUCGUCACCCGCCAGGACAGACGGAGCCUCCUAGCCAGCCGGAGAUGGCAGAAAGCGCCACGCGCGACCCUUGGGAUGUGAGAGCCCAGCGUCAGCGAGGAAUCCCGGGGCGCUUCUGGAGUAUGGGCUGGACUCACCGGUGGGGGACAUGAACCUUCCAUCAAAGGUGGCUGCUGUGGGCUGCGAAUGUCCCUGUGCUCUCCUCCGCCCGCCUUGCUCGGGGGUCAGCGCCAGCCAGCUGCUCCCGUCCCAGAGCUGAGCUCGCCCGGCACGGGGCCAUCGGGGGGUGCGGUGAAGGACAGGUCGAGCUGGGUGUCACCUGCUGGUUGCUGACGCGUGAGUCUGUGGUGUCUGACCAGCUCCCCGGGUAGCUGCAUGGUGUCGAAACGGACCAGAGAGAGAACUGAUCCUGGCGGAGCCGUUCUAGCCAGGGCUGUGGGGCGGAGGAGCCGUUCCCCGUCGCUACUCAUUGGGCGUGUCCGUUGAGCAAUGGCGCAAGUAGAAAUAAUUUCUUGCUGGUACGCUGCACUCAUGGGAGGGACACAAAGGGGGGGGGGCAUGUGACCUCCUCGUGACACCCCACUGUGACUCCUUCCUGCCCCAGCCCCCAGCCCUGGCUCUCUCUCUGUCCCUUCCCCCUGAUCCACAUCCAUCCCACGUUACAUGGGGGCGAGGGGACUCUCUUCUCCUCCCGCUGCGCCGGAGGUUUCUGCUGUACCGACCCCAGGCUGGAGGACUCAGGAGACACAGCUGUGUGGACGGGCUGGGGGCGGUACAGCCGCGCCGGAGAAGCUCUGGCGUGGGGCUGCCCUGCCCUUUUGCCACUGUGGUUCCCGGGGGAGCUUUGAACUGCCGGGCUCUCCUGGGAGCCGCAGCGGCGAACGGAGCAGAACGUGGGGCCGCCGGGCUGUACCGCCCCCAGCCCUGCUCAGCCCUGUCCUCCGGCGGGGCUGCUGUACAGACCCCAGGCAGGACUCAGGAGACGCCGCUGAGUGGAAGGGCUGGGGACAGGCUCCUCCUGUGUCUCUGUGGUACGCUGAACCGGCUAUAAAUAUCUCAGUGGUACAGCGGACCGGGCCGGACCGGAGCGCCCCACUCGCACCA